AUGGCCAUCUUACAGGAAGCGAAUACUUUGGUCUGGGUGAAUGCCAUUCAUGACAUGAGCAUUGCAUUGGUCCAUGCCAAAGUGUCAUCCUAUGGGCCACCACCUGGACCGAUUCCGGACCUUCGCUUUGUUGAGGCAGCAGUCGCGCUGACUUCCUGUCCAGAAUCGGUCAAGCUAAAGGAUUGGCGGGGUUUUUGUGUCCUGGUGGAACAACUCCUAGAUUCUGAUGACUUCGCCAAGUAUGUAUCGAAUGGUGCCCCCGAACCGGUCGAAGAUGUUUCCGAAGAUCAUCUUGCCAUCGCCACAUUUUUAUGCUUCCUGCAGCACCUCCAAUACUCUCAGACAUUGGGAAAGUGUUUUGUCUCGGAUUAUCAAGGCACCGGAAAAUGGCUGACGGACCCCCAAGUCAUGGCAAAAUCUGCUGUUCUGGGACGGCAACUCUUUGGUGAAGGAAACGUGGAUGGUUCCCUCGAGCAAUUUCCACAAAGGCAUCAUUGUAACAAGUGGUGCACUUGGUUCUGCUUACAAGAGUUUUGA